AGAAAAUGGCGCUGGUGCAGCGGCUCGGGCCUCUCCCCGCGGCGCUACGGAGGGCUUGAGGCUCGCGAGCCUCACUCGCCGCGCCCCACUUGCUCGUGCACUUUACACACAUGAGAGAAUUGGAAGCUAAAGCUACCAAAGACGUAGAAAGGAAUCUUAGCAGGGAUUUAGUGCAAGAAGAAGAACAGUUGAUGGAAGAAAAGAAAAAGAAAAAAGACGACAAGAAAAAGAAGGAAGCUGCUCAAAAGAAGGCCACUGAACAAAAAAUCAAAGUGCCAGAACAGAUAAAGCCCAGUGUAAGCCAGCCUCAGCCUGCCAACUCUAAUAACGGCACUUCCACAGCAACCAGCACUAAUAAUAAUGCCAAGCGAGCCACAGCCAACAAUCAGCAGCAGCAGCAGCAGCAGCCGCAACCGCAGCAGCAGCAACCGCAGCAGCCACAGCAGCCGCAGCCGCCACCACAGGCCUUGCCUCGGUAUCCCCGGGAAGUACCACCUCGAUUUCGCCACCAGGAACAUAAGCAGCUUCUAAAGAGGGGUCAGCAUUUUCCCGUCAUAGCAGCAAACCUGGGAUCUGCUGUUAAAGUGUUAAGCAGCCAGUCAGAAAGCAGUGCUUUAACAAAUCAACAGCCACAAAAUAACGGAGAGGUGCAGAUCAGCAAAAACCAGUCAGAUAUAAACCACAAUACUUCAGGAUCCCAUUAUGAAAAUUCAGAGCGGGGACCUGUGUCGUCUACAAGUGACUCUAGUACAAACUGUAAGAAUGCUGUUGUGAACGACUCCCCUGAAAAAGAAGCAUGGCCCUCAGCCCCUGGCAGUGAUCCGGAGUUGGUUUCAGAAUGUAUGGAUGCUGAUUCUGCCUCCAGUUCUGAAUCAGAGCGACCCAUCACUAUCAUGGCUUCAGGGAGCACAGGUGGUGAAAAUGAUGGCCUUCGGAAUAGCGCUGGACUUGGAUCCCAGAACAAGUUUGUGGUUGGUAGCAGCAGCAAUAAUGUGGGCCACGGAAAUAGCACUGGGCCGUGGGGCUUUUCCCAUGGAGCCAUAAUAAGCACAUGUCAGGCCUCUGUGGAUGCUCCUGAAAGCAAAUCGGAAAGUAGCAACAAUAGAAUGAAUGCUUGGGGCACUGUAAGUUCUUCAUCAAAUGGAGGGUUAAAUCCAAGCACUUUGAAUUCAGCUAGCAACCAUGGUGCCUGGCCAGUAUUAGAGAACAACGGACUUGCCCUAAAAGGGCCUGUAGGGAGUGGUAGUUCUGGCAUCAAUAUUCAGUGCAGUCCCUUAGGCCAGAUGCCUAACAAUCAGAGUAUUAACUCUAAAGUGGGUGGUGCUUCCACCCAUGGUACCUGGGGAAGCCUUCAGGAAACUUGUGAAUCUGAAGUAAGUGGUACACAGAAGGUUUCAUUCAGUGGUCAACCUCAAAAUAUUACCACUGAAAUGACUGGACCAAAUAACACUACUAACUUUAUGACCUCUAGUUUACCAAACUCCGGUUCAGUACAGAAUAAUGAACUGCCUAGUAAUACAGGGGCCUGGCGUGUGAGCACAAUGAAUCAUCCUCAGAUACAGGCUCCCUCGGUUGUAAACGGCACUUCCCUUUCUCACCUUAGCAAUGGAGAGUCAAAAAGUGGAGGCUCUUACGGUACUACAUGGGGUGCCUAUGGUUCUAAUUACUCUGGAGACAAAUGUUCAAGCCCUAAUGGCCAAGCUAAUGGUGACACUGUGAAUGCAACUCUGAUGCAGCCUGGCAUAAACGGGCCUGUGGGCACUAACUUUCAAGUUAACGCAAAUAAAGGAGGCGGCGUGUGGGAGUCCGGAGCAGUGAAUUCCCAGAGUGCAUCCUGGGGAAAUGGUGCAAAUUCUGGAGGAAGUCGAAGAGGAUGGGGAGCUCCUGCACAGAACACUGGCACUAAUAUACCCAGCGUGGAAUGGAACAAACUGCCUAGCAAUCAGCAUUCCAGUGACAGUGCAGAUGGCAACGGUAAGAAGUUUACAAACGGAUGGAAGUCUACUGAGGAAGAGGAUCAGGGUUCUGCCGCAUCUCAGACGAAUGAGCAAAACAGCGUGUGGGCCAAAACGGGAGGUACAGUGGAGAGUGAAGGUAGUACAGAAAGCACUGGACGCCUCGAGGAGAAGGUGACUGGGGAAAAUCAGAGCAGAGAGAGAAGAAAAGUGGACCAGCACACGUUACUCCAAAGCAUUGUGAACAGAACUGACUUAGACCCCCGUGUCCUGUCCAACUCUGGCUGGGGACAGACUCCUAUUAAGCAGAAUACUGCCUGGGAUACUGAAACAUCACCUAGAGGGGAGAGAAAGACUGACAAUGGGACAGAGGCCUGGGGAAGCUCUGCAACACAGACUUGUAACUCAGGGGCAUGUGUAGAUAAGACUAGCCCUAGUAGUAAUGAUACCUCAUCUGUAUCGGGGUGGGGAGAUCCCAAACCUGCUUUGAGGUGGGGAGAUUCCAAAGGCUCAAGCUGCCAGGGGGGAUGGGAAGAUGACUCUGCUGCUACAGGAAUGGUCAAGAGCAAUCAGUGGGGGAAUUGCAAAGAAGAGAAGUCCGCAUGGAAUGAUUCGCAAAAGAACAAACAGGGAUGGGGUGAUGGACAAAAGUCAAACCAAGGGUGGUCCGUCUCUGCCAGUGAUAACUGGGGAGAAACUUCAAGGAGUAACCAUUGGGGGGAGGCUAACAAGAAGUCUAGCUCAGGAGGUAGUGACAGUGAUAGGUCUGUUUCUGGUUGGAAUGAACUCGGUAAAACCAGUUCUUUUACAUGGGGAAAUAACAUUAAUCCAAAUAAUUCAUCAGGCUGGGACGAAUCUUCUAAACCGAAUCCUUCCCAGGGAUGGGGAGACCCUCCAAAGUCUAAUCAGUCUCUAGGUUGGGGAGAUUCAUCAAAGCCGGUCAGUUCUCCAGACUGGAACAAGCAACAAGACAUUGUCGGAUCUUGGGGCAUCCCGCCGGCGACAGGCAAACCUCCUGGUACAGGCUGGCUGGGAGGACCUAUGCCAGCCCCAGCGAAAGAGGAAGAACCCACAGGCUGGGAGGAGCCAUCCCCAGAAUCCAUACGUCGCAAAAUGGAGAUUGACGAUGGGACUUCAGCUUGGGGAGAUCCCAGCAAAUACAACUACAAAAAUGUGAACAUGUGGAACAAAAACGUCCCAAAUGGCAGCAGCCGCUCAGACCAGCAAGCCCAGGUACACCAGUUGCUACCGUCUGCAGGUACCAUCUCAAACAAAGAGGCAAGCGGUGGCUCCGGCUGGGGUGAGCCCUGGGGGGAGACUUCAACUCCAGCCACAACUGUGGAUAAUGGUACUUCAGCCUGGGGUAAACCCGUAGACAGUGGGCCUAGCUGGGGCGAACCCAUUGCUGCGGCAUCCAGCACAUCCACGUGGGGCUCCAGCUCUGUUGGUCCACAAACAUUAAGCAAAUCUGGGCCAAAAUCUAUGCAAGACGGCUGGUGUGGUGAUGAUAUGCCCUUGCCUGGAAAUCGCCCCACUGGCUGGGAAGAGGAAGAAGAUGUAGAGAUUGGAAUGUGGAAUAGUAAUUCAUCUCAAGAGCUUAAUUCAUCUUUAAAUUGGCCACCAUAUACAAAGAAAAUGUCUUCGAAGGGUCUGAGUGGCAAAAAAAGGAGAAGGGAAAGGGGAAUGAUGAAAGGUGGAAACAAACAAGAAGAAGCAUGGAUAAAUCCAUUUGUUAAACAGUUUUCAAAUAUCAGUUUUUCGAGAGACUCGCCAGAAGAAAAUGUACAGAGCAAUAAGAUGGACCUUUCUGGAGGAAUGUUACAAGACAAACGAAUGGAGAUAGAGAAACAUAGCCUAAAUAUUGGUGAUUACAAUCGAACGGUCGGGAAAGGCCCUGGUUCUCGGCCUCAGAUUUCCAAAGAGUCUUCCAUGGAGCGCAGUCCUUAUUUUGAUAAGGAUGGCAUUGUAGCAGAUGAAUCCCAAAACAUGCAGUUUAUGUCCAGUCAAAGCAUGAAGCUUCCCCCUUCAAAUAGUGCACUACCUAACCAGGCCCUGGGCUCCAUAGCAGGGCUGGGUAUGCAAAACUUGAAUUCUGUUAGACAGAAUGGCAAUCCCAGUAUGUUUGGUGUUGGAAACACAGCAGCACAACCCCGGGGCAUGCAGCAGCCUCCAGCACAACCUCUCAGUUCAUCUCAGCCUAGUCUCCGUGCUCAAGUGCCUCCUCCAUUACUCUCCCCUCAGGUUCCAGUUUCAUUGCUGAAGUAUGCACCAAACAACGGUGGCCUGAAUCCGCUCUUUGGCCCUCAGCAGGUAGCCAUGCUGAACCAGCUAUCCCAACUAAACCAGCUUUCUCAGAUCUCCCAGUUACAGCGAUUGUUAGCGCAGCAGCAAAGGGCGCAGAGUCAGAGAAGCGUGCCUUCUGGGAACCGGCAGCAGCAAGACCAGCAGGGUCGACCUCUUAGUGUGCAGCAGCAGAUGAUGCAACAAUCUCGUCAGCUUGAUCCAAACCUGUUGGUGAAGCAGCAAACUCCGCCAUCUCAGCAGCAGUCACUCCAUCAGCCAGCCAUGAAGUCUUUCCUUGAAAAUGUCAUGCCCCACACUACACCUGAGCUGCAAAAAGGGCCGUCACCAAUAAAUGCUUUCAGCAACUUCCCUAUAGGCUUGAACUCAAACUUGAAUGUAAAUAUGGAUAUGAACAGUAUUAAAGAGCCACAGUCAAGACUGAGGAAGUGGACUACAGUGGACAGCAUUUCUGUGAACACAUCUUUGGAUCAAAACUCCAGCAAACAUGGUGCUAUUUCAAGUGGUUUCAGGCUGGAAGAGUCUCCAUUUGUUCCCUAUGACUUUAUGAACAGCAGUACUUCACCAGCCAGUCCUCCAGGUUCAAUAGGAGAUGGCUGGCCACGUGCCAAAUCGCCUAACGGCUCUAGCAGUGUUAAUUGGCCACCAGAAUUUCGCCCUGGUGAACCAUGGAAAGGUUAUCCAAACAUUGACCCUGAAACUGACCCUUACGUCACUCCUGGCAGUGUCAUAAACAAUCUUUCAAUUAAUACUGUGCGGGAAGUUGACCACCUCAGGGACAGGAACAGUGGGUCAUCCUCAUCCUUGAACACCACGCUGCCUUCAACUAGUGCCUGGUCAUCCAUUCGUGCCUCCAACUACAGCGUUCCCCUCAGCAGUACAGCACAAAGCACUUCAGCCAGAAAUAGUGAUUCCAAAUUGACAUGGUCCCCUGGUUCAGUUACAAACACCUCUCUGGCUCAUGAGCUGUGGAAGGUCCCUCUGCCACCUAAAAACAUCACUGCUCCGUCCCGCCCACCUCCGGGACUGACUGGUCAGAAGCCACCCUUGUCUUCGUGGGAUAAUUCUCCCCUUCGAGUAGGUGGAGGAUGGGGAAAUUCUGACGCCAGGUAUACCCCAGGUUCCAGCUGGGGUGAGAGCAGCUCAGGGAGAAUAACAAAUUGGCUUGUUCUAAAAAACCUUACACCUCAGAUUGAUGGCUCAACUCUGCGUACUCUGUGCAUGCAGCAUGGCCCACUGAUAACAUUCCACCUGAACCUCCCACAUGGAAAUGCUUUGGUCCGUUACAGUUCAAAAGAAGAGGUAGUGAAGGCACAAAAGUCUCUGCACAUGUGUGUACUGGGGAACACUACUAUUCUUGCUGAGUUUGCCAGUGAAGAGGAGAUCAGUCGUUUCUUUGCACAAAGUCAGUCUCUGACCCCUUCUCCCAGCUGGCAGUCUCUCGGGUCCAGCCAGAGCCGGCUGGGCUCCCUCGACUGUUCCCACUCAUUCUCCAGCCGGACCGAUCUCAAUCACUGGAAUGGUGCUGGGCUGUCGGGAACUAACUGUGGAGACCUUCAUGGCACUUCCCUCUGGGGGACCCCACAUUAUUCCACAAGCCUGUGGGGUCCUCCCAGCAGCAGCGACCCCCGGGGAAUUAGCAGCCCAUCCCCCAUUAAUGCUUUUCUUUCUGUUGACCACCUGGGUGGGGGUGGAGAGUCCAUGUAACAGUGUAGACUAGACUCACGAACUUCGACCUCAAGCCGCGAGAGAAAGGAGCACUAAGUUGGGCUCGCCGCCUGCAGCCAGGGGCCACCUGUGGGAACAGCUAUUCUCUGCACAUUCUCCACUUUGUUUUCCCUGAAACAUAUCAGUUUGAAUACUUGAAUCAUGCAGGCCAAUAUUAUAAUGUGAAAAGGUAUCUAUCUAUUUACACUCCCAAAUAGCGCCAUACAUGCUAAACCGUAUAGAAUGAGCUCACUCGUGUAUAUUCAUCAUGUUUAGCCUUUGAGUUCUCUUUUUUCCCCCGUUCCUACCCCUCCCCCCAUUCAUUCUUUUUCUCUUCUUUUUGCAAACAAGUUUUUUGGGCUGAUAAUGUAUGAGCUUUUAACUUUGCACUGAAGGGUGUUCUCUCCGUCUACUCGGCAAUAUGGGGAGGGCAGCUGUUCCAGUGCAAGUGUUUACUCAAGGAUGCUCUUAAGGUGUGCGUUCUCUACUAUGCCUUGAUGUUUGCCUACCUUAUUGUGGUAUCGUGGAGUUUAAAAGAUCAAGUUAUGAUGCUGACUUAGGACUAUAAAUGAAAGUAUUGCACCAGUUUUUUCAUGUUAUAAAACUAAAGAAUUUCACUCUGCAGUUUGAAAAACUGUGGCCACAGCUGUGACUUGCAGCCCACCUGCCACCCAGGACGGGCCCUGCACUUUGAAUAGGCUUUCCAUUUUGUUUUGAAGGUUCCCACGUUGAGCCUUCUUGUUUACAGAUUUUUUUGUUUGUUUUUUGAGAAAAAAAAAAAUGUUUAC